CGAGAAGUUUUGCUACCGCCAAUAAAUAUAAAGGAAGCAACCGUCCUAGAAGAAGAAAUCAUAACCAACUCGAUAGAUGUUCAAAAUAAUGGAAUAUACAUCUAAAACUUUGACAAAAGUGCAUUUGAUAGGUGUUUUCAUUACUAUCCACUAACAGCUACGUGUUCAAAUGAGUCUACCCUAUGGUUGUGUCCGUGUUAAGGCUCACUCGUCCAAGUUUUGGUGACAGCAACAGUUGCGGUGUUGUUAGCUCUGUUUAGUUAGCACACGUCUUCUUCUCGAGCGUCGACCAGGAUGGUGAUGACGUGUUCGUUCCCGGGUUGCAAAAGCACCACGAAGCUGCUUUCUUUCCCGACUGACCGUGUGCGGGCUCUCCGGUGGCUGCAGAUCCUCGGCAUGGCGGAGGACUCUCGGACCUCCAAGCUCAAAGUGUGCGCCCUCCACUUCUCCCCGGAGUGCUUCACCAACUACACCCAGGCCCGGAUGGGCUUCGCUGUCCGGCUCCACCUCACCGACGAUGCGCUUCCAAAUCCAGCGGAGGGUCGGCCGUCCAAAGUCCUUAAAGAUGUGGGUUGCCAGACUGAGGUGAGGACCGUGGAUGCGCUUUGUGGAGCGGAGCCAUGUGUGAACCACGUCAGGUGCCAGACUGUUCCGAUCGGAAAACAUAACGUCUCUACACAAGCCAACAGGAAGCCCUUCAAGAGAAGUAAAGCUGUACAGGCCAGGGCCCCACACAGGAGUGUUGAAUGUGACACAUCUACACUUGAGUUUUCUCUUGGUUUUGGAAACGACACACCAGUCAAGAGGUUUAGAUACGACCCGUGCUCGUAUUCUGAUGACGACCCAAGCAGCUGUAACAACGAGACUGAGGGUGCCAUGGCCGCUGACAGCCCAGAGUCAUAUCAGGAGCCUCUGGAGUCGGAGCCAGGGGAGUCGUCUGGGAAGUCGGAGUCAGAAGAGGAGUCUGUGGAAACAGAGAUUGUGACAGUGAAGGUUGAGCCAGAAGAGUACGAGGAACCUCUGAGCUAAAGUAUGGCACCAGAAGAGCUGUCUGUGCAGCCUGACGGACAUGCAGGAGUUGGCAGAGAGACAUCAGUCAAGUCUCUCAAGACCAGGCAGCGUGGGCUGUUCAUGGCUGUGGUGUCUGAUAGACAAUCCUGUGAAAGAUGGCGUCUGCAGCGAUGGCGUGUUCAUAUACCCAAAGAACGGCCUUUUUUCAUCGAGAGCACUCGCAGUUGAACGUCGAGGGGGACACGUACUGUAUGUCAGCUCUUCAGACUGACCAAAAGAAACUCUUCAUGAUGAGAUGAAUAGGUACAAUCUGGCAGAUGUGUCAGACAUAAUAAUGUACAAUCAGGACUGCUUCCGUUUCAUGUCAAACAUUUGCACUGUGAGGUAUUAUAUUACAUAUAUUAUAUUUAAAUGUAGCUUUCCUUAUUAAAGCAGUGACAUAAUACUUAACUUUAUAUGUUUACUAAUAGUGAAUGUACACUAUUACCUGCCUUUUAUUUAUGUUUUUGUUAUUCUAUGAAUUUGAUUAUCUGUUUGUGUGUAGCAUAAAGGAACUGCAAACUUUUAUUUUGUUACACAUAAAGUGUAUAAUGAUGAGUAAAUUCCUUGAUUAAGCAUUUUUCAAGCCAACCAGUGGAAAAUUGGGAAAAAAUAAAUUUUGUGCCUAGAAAUUUUAAGUAUGUCAGCAGUAAAUUGUAAAAAAUAUACACAUACGUGUGUGUGUAUAUAUAUGUGUGUGUGUGUAUAUAUAUAUAGAGAGAGAAAAAGA